ACAAUUAUGACGUCAUGGCAACUGGCUCCCACUACACACAACCCAUUAAACAUGUAUUUAUCAUCUAGGUUAGACUGCUUUAAACCCCGUCGAGCAGCUGUAAGUCUUAAGGAGGGCGGUUUCGUUGUAUUUGAGGAUAGUCGGGUUGAGUGACGGUAAAUGGACUCAUCCAAGAAGCGCAAGCGAUGCCACCGGUUCGUCUCUCACUAGAACUUAUUUGGGGUUUGUAGUCGAUUUUAUUUGAUCGCUGAGCAAUCAAUAAGCAACAGCGGAGGUGAAGACGCCGGGGUGCUUUUUACUCUUGUCAUACUUCCCAGCUUGUCUGUGUUUUGAGCUCAGGCGGACCACCUCUCCACCCACCUCAAGAUGCACAUGAAUAGCUUAUUAAACCAGUGCACGGAGAUCUCCAGGAUGUGUGAGGUGGACGUUUCAUCUGAGCCCACCAGCCCAACGCUGUAUAGAGAGUCUUCUGAUACAUACUGUCAUGUGGACCGCUGGCAGAAGCUACGCACGGCCGUCCGCAAGCUAGAAUUCUGGGAAAACUUUACACAUGAGCUGGUUGGCAGUGGCUUCUUCUCAAAGGUUUACAAGGUGAUCCACAACACCACACGGAAGGUGAUGGUAGUAAAGAUCUAUAAGAAUGAUGUUGAUCAGGACAGCAUUGUAAGAGAAAUCAGCCUUCUGCAGAAACUCUCACACCCCAACAUAGUGAGGUAUCUGGGUAUUUGUGUCAAAGAGGACAAGUUGUACCCAAUUCUGGAGUAUGUUAGUGGAGGAUGUUUAGAGGAGCUGUUGGCCAGGAAAGAUGUGCCUCUGUGCUGGAGAGAGAAAGUUGACCUGGCCUCUGACAUCACCAGAGGGAUGAUUUACCUCCACUACAAGAACAUCUAUCACAGAGAUCUGAACUCUAAGAACUGUCUAAUAAGGGUGACCGCAAGGGGCAGAGAAGCGCUGGUGACUGAUUUUGGUUUGGCUCGAGAGGUAGUGGAACUUCCUGCAAAGGACAGGAAGCUUUCACUCGUAGGCUCCGCCUUCUGGAUGGCCCCUGAGAUGCUGCGCGGGGAGCCCUACGACCGCAAGGUGGAUGUGUUCUCUUUUGGAAUUGUUCUGUGUGAAAUUCUGGCUAGGAUCCCAGCAGACCCAGAAAUCCUUCCAAGAACACAGGAUUACGGCCUGGAUGUGUCAGCAUUCAGGAAAAUGGUCAGCGGGUGUCCUCAGCGUCUUUUGGAGCUGGCAGCCAGCUGCUGUCUGAUAGAGGCUUUCCGAAGACCCUCUUUCACAGAGCUUCAAGACGAGUUGGGUGAAAUUUCGGAGACUUUGGAGACUCCUGGCCCUGAUCUCACCACAGGCUGAUCUGCGGCACGUCCUCUGGUAUCCCAUCAGCCCUGCAAAUGGACUUAGACUUAAGCACAAUGACAAAUGCAGCAGAACUGCAGAUUCCUCUCUGGGCUGUUUGCAUUGAAAGAGCAAAUCAAGGAAAAGGUCACUAUUUAUUAUGAACGUUCUGCAAGUAACAGAUGGCCUACAGUUCAACUCAGCACAGCUGUACAUGGUAUACUAUUAUUAUAUAUUGCACAGUAAAUACUAAGAGAAAUGUUGUAUCAGGUUCCAGCUAAAGUGUUUAGCUGUUUGCAGUGUCAUUUACAAAGCUACAGUUUUUCAAACAAAUUGCCAUUUCUGUUUUGCAUAUUUUAUAUCUAAAAACAACCCUAAGUUAGGUUCUGAGGCUUAAGAUAACCAAUAAUAAAAGGACUAAUUUGAGGGUCAGAAAUUUUAAAUAACCAAAUAAUAUUUUCAUAGGCUUCAGUAAAUCUAUACAUGAUCCGUUUAAAUUAAAUUGUACAUGAGAAAGUGAUUUUAUAAGUAUUUUGGUACCAGUUGCCCUAAAAGAAAAAAAGGUGCAUUUGUAUUGCUGACUUAUAAAAGCGAUAUAUUUGAAUAGUGAAGCGUGUUACUUUCUUUAUAAGCAAUUUAUACAGAAGCAAGCACUCAUCACUUGUCUUUUUUUUGCCUCCACUGUGAGCUGAGCUACUGAUCUUUGGAAAUUCUCCAUUGAACUCACCAGCCACCACAGGAUGAGGCCCAUUUCCUGCCUUAAAGGACUUCUGUGUUGCUGUUCUCGUUUAGGCCGAGUGUUUGAAGAACCUUAUCAUUUUUUUUUGUUUGCAACAUCCAAACAAAGCUUGUGUUCAUUUUAAUUUGCUUAUUUGCCAUGUGUUGCGAAUUUCAGUCCUCACAUAUACAUCAGAAGUGUGAGAUGGCACUAAGCCAGCUCCAGUUAACAGUGAUACCAAAGACUUGACAUUUCUCUUAAAUCAAGUCUUAACAUAAUAUGGUCACAUGGGCUGUAACUGAAUAAGUAAUGUGUGAUCAAAUCUUUCCCAAGACCAUCUAGAUCUUGCACAAUUUAAAAAAAAAAAAAAAGACAUUUUGAAAUCAAUAUACCUAACAAACACUGUUGAAUUGUUUUCGUUCAUAUUUUUCUUGGUAUUUGUGUUUUUAAUAUUUAUAUAUAAGUUCUGCUUGGCUGAUAUUUCAGUUUAUUUCAUAUUUCAGGUGCCUGUGAUUUGCCUCUUAAACAUUGUUCAAGUUAACUUUAACAAGAUCUACAGUCUGUGCCUCAUAAAGGAAGCUUGAGUUCUUGAGAAACUUGUGGCGAGAACCACGUCAUGCUAAACUCAUAUCUCUGAUGUCUGUAUAGUCGGAAUCUUUCUUGUUUUCUUGUUUUUGUAAUACAUGGUGUAUAAAGAGGAAAUGAAGCAUAUGUGAAUGGUGUGUAUUUUUCAAAUAAAGCCAUUGAAAAUUUA